AUGCCCCCGAAAAAGAGACAGUCAGACGCUGCGCGUCGCAAAUCGCGACAGAGUGAUGUUCAACCUGGCGACCCGAUCCCCAACCGAGGCAAGAGGCGCUAUAGACCCGGCACGGUUGCUCUCAGGGAGAUCCGAAAAUACCAAAACGGCACCGACCUCCUGCUGCGACGCCUUCCCUUCUCUCGCCUCGUGCGCGAAAUUGCUGAGUCGGUGAGACCACGGGGCGAAGCUAUGCGAUGGCAGUCGCAAGCAAUACAAGCACUGCAAGAAGCUGCCGAGGCUUUUUUGGUUCACCUCUUCGAAGACACCAACCUCUGCGCGAUACACGCCAAGAGAGUUACCAUUAUGCAAAAGGAUAUCCAGCUUGCAAGGCGGAUACGCGGCGUCUGGGGUGGCCUUGGCUGA